AAAAGAAGUAAAAAUGUAAUUUUUUAAGAGUGGAGUUGGAGAAGAGAGGAAGGAGGGAACAAAACAACCCACAUCUCCCGCUACCGUCGGACCUCCGCCGCUCACUCUCUUCCGCCACCCUCACCUUCGCCUUCUAACUUCUUCAAACACCAAAGACUAAAACCCUGAAUUGAAGCCUUAAACCCUCAUUCUGCAGGGAGUAGGAAUGGGUUUCUUUGAUCUCAAUAUACCAUAUUUGGAGGCCUUGCCGUCUGAUAAGGCUACUCGGAUCAAGCUAGCUACUAUGGCCAUGGAGCUCGGUUACUCCGGAGUUGCUUACACCCGUACCAUCAAGGGUGUGAUGUCAGAACGUGAUCGUUGCUCCAUUCCCCUUCUUACUCUCUCUUCUCUCCUCAAGCUCUCCCCCUCUCUCGCCUCCUCUGUCUAUUUCCACCGUGGCCUCCUUGGUGUACCAAAAGCCUCGCCUUUUCGACAGUACACGCGCCUUACUGUCAAUGCUGAUAGUCCCUCUCAAGCUCAGGCUCUCAAUUCUGGAAAUCCUAUUUUGAAGACUUACGAUUUGGUCUCUGUUAGGCCCUUGAAUCAGACCAUCUUCGAUCAGGCCUGCGAAAGAUUGGAGGUAGAUAUUAUUGCGAUCGACUUCUCAGAAAAGCUGCCCUUCCGUUUGAAGUUGCCCAUGGUUAAAGCUGCUAUAAAGCGUGGUGUGUUUUUCGAAAUUACCUAUUCAAACCUCAUUAUUGAUAUUCAAGCGAGGAGGCAAAUGAUAACAAGUGCUAAGUUACUUGUAGAUUGGACUCGAGGGAAGAAUCUAAUUAUCUCUAGCGCUGCCUCUUCUGUUUUUGAACUAAGAGGGCCAUAUGAUGUUGCGAAUUUGUCAUUUCUGCUUGGGCUCUCUCUUGAACAAGCUAAGGCAGCUGUUUCCAAAAAUUGUAGGGCUCUUAUAACGAAAGCUUUGAGAAAAAAACAAUUUCAUAAAGAUGCCAUCAAGGUUGAAGUGAUAUCAUCAGGAGAACAAAUUGAAUCUGAUAAACCCUGGUCUAGUGACUUGUUUAAAUGGGAUCCCAUCUCUAGUGGUGAUGGGGAUUUGCAGUUGGAGGAUCUUGAGAAGUCUUUUGCUGCUUCCAAUGAUGUAUCCAAAAAUUCAAAAGCCAUUGAUUUCACUUCCAUUAUUGGAAGUUUACCUUCACAUGGAUUUCAAGUUAAGGAUUUGAUAUCUGGAGAUUCACAAUCACAUGAUAAUAGCAAAAAUGUUGCUUUUGUUGCUGAAGCAACUCCAGUACUAGAUUCAACAGACGGAGACUUUAAACAGCACAACAGGCUUAAUCUUCCUAAACCAAGUGCAACUUCAUUUUAUGAAGCCCGAUUUAAGCAACAAUCCUUUGGAAAUCAAAAUUCUCAAGUUUUAUGCUCUACUGAUACAGACAGUUUGCCAGAUUCUGUAGACAUUGGAGAAUUGACAACAGCCAUGAAGGUAGAAGCAAUUAAUCCAAGUCAGCCCGCUGUAGAUAGUGAUUUGCUUCGGGCACAAACUUGUGAUUCACCAAAUGAGUAUGUAAUAAACAAAUCUGAUGUUUUAGAUUCUGCUUUUUGUGUUGACUAUAAGGAAGAGACUUUGACUCUCUCCAAAGCUACAGAUCUUCCUGCUGUUAAUGAAGAACAGAAUCUUAUAGUCUGUAAUACAUCGUUGGAGGCAAUAGAUGAUCUGAUGAAUGAGGACUUUUUAAAUCAAGAAGAAUGUUUGCCCUCGAAUAUUUCGGCUUUACAUGAAGAGGAACAAUCCGAUGAACCUGGGUUUGGUCCAUUUGUAGAGGAUAAUAAACCAGUUGCAAAUUGUGAACCAUUAGAUGAAACAAUGGAGGAUCAAAUUGAGGCAGAAUGCAGUCAUCUUUCCAUUGUUAAAUCUCCGCCAGGGGAAUUGAAAGCGAAAGGAAAGAUGCGGCGUCAAGCUUUGUUACUUCCUCUCAAGCACAGGUUGAGUACCUCUCCUUUUAAGAAAAAGUCUCGUAAAAGCAAAAGAAAAAGUAAGCAGGUUUAGUUUUUCUCUUUUCAUCUGCAUUGUCUAUUGACAAUUUUCAUUAUUCAAAUAGAAAAUUUUGAUCUGAGUAUCUUGCUUCUCUUCUCCUGCACAUUGGGUUUGCAAUUCAUAUCCCAGUGCUUUUAUAUAUAUCAAAAUUUGAUCUGCUUUCAA